AGCUGAUUCGUCGUUGAUCACAGAGCAUCGGUUUUUUUUUCUCACCGAUCGUAUAUCUGGCGACACUUGUUUCCUAUACCACAAAAAUAUUUCAUCAGCGUCCAUUGAAGCAAAAGAUGGAAUUCGAGAAGAUCAAGGUGGCUAAUCCCGUUGUUGAAAUGGAUGGAGACGAGAUGACUCGAGUUAUCUGGAAAUUCAUUAAAGACAAACUUAUUUUCCCCUUCCUGGAGUUGGAUAUCAAAUACUUUGAUCUUGGACUGCCUAACCGCGAUUCUACUAAUGAUAAGGUUACUACAGAGAGUGCUGAAGCUACUCUUAAGUAUAACGUGGCAAUCAAGUGUGCGACGAUUACUCCUGAUGAAGCUCGUGUUCAGGAGUUCGGUUUGAAAAAAAUGUGGAGGAGUCCUAACGGAACGAUAAGGAACAUUUUAAAUGGCACGGUUUUCAGGGAACCUAUCAUUUGCAGAAACAUCCCUCGCAUUGUAGCAGGAUGGACGAAGCCAAUCUGUAUUGGAAGGCAUGCUUUUGGUGAUCAGUAUAGAGCUACUGAUAUCAUUGUCAACGAACCAGGAAAACUGAAACUGGUUUUCGAGCCAAGUGGAUCUUCCCGUAAGACAGAAUUCGAAGUCUUCAAAUUCACUGGUGCUGGAGGUGUUGCUUUGGCCAUGUAUAACACCAAUGAGUCUAUUCGUGCGUUUGCUGAGUCGUCGAUGUACACAGCUUACCAGAAAAAAUGGCCACUUUACCUCUCCACUAAAAACACCAUCCUCAAAACAUAUGACGGAAGAUUCAAGGAUAUAUUCCAAGAAGUUUAUGAAACUAACUGGAGAUCCAAGUUUGAAGCUGCAGGAAUAUGGUAUGAGCAUCGUUUGAUAGAUGAUAUGGUUGCGUAUGCAAUGAAAAGUGAAGGCGGUUAUGUUUGGGCUUGCAAGAACUACGAUGGAGAUGUGCAGAGCGAUUUUUUAGCGCAAGGAUAUGGAUCUUUGGGACUGAUGACGUCGGUGUUGGUUUGUCCAGAUGGAAAGACAAUUGAAGCAGAGGCAGCUCAUGGCACAGUGACACGCCACUUCAGGGUUCACCAAAAAGGUGGUGAGACAAGCACCAACAGCAUAGCUUCCAUUUUUGCUUGGUCCAGAGGCCUUGCCCACAGGGCAAAGCUGGAUAGCAAUGCAGCACUGUUGAACUUUACAGAGAAACUAGAAGCAGCUUGUAUGGGCUCGGUGGAGUCUGGAAAAAUGACCAAGGAUCUCGCUCUUUUGAUCCACGGACCCAAGGUUAGGAGGGAUGCUUAUGUGAAUACAGAAGAGUUCAUUGAUGCGGUGGCAUGGGAGCUAAGAAGAAGACUGUUAGGCAGCUCCAGGCUGUGACUUGUGAGGAGAAGAUGUGUAGUAGUGUAUAUCCAAAAAAGGAAAGAGUCCUCCUUUCCAGUUUCCCAUAUAUAAUUGGUGUAGAAUGUGUGUUGGUUGGAAAUAAAAAGGAUGGGUGAUUUCUCCCCGAACCCAAUGACUCCCUCCUCAUUCUAUCUAAUGUCUUGAAUCUCUCUGUAUCUGUUGUUGUAGUGGCUACUUUCACUUGGUAAUUCAUGAAUGUUAUCUUUUCCCUCUUUGUAUCGUUAUAUAUAUACAGUAAAUGGUGUGGUGAAGAAAUUAACGAUUGAGUUUAAUGCCUUGUCUUCUC